AUGAGAACUCAUACUGGUGAAAAGCCCUACAGUUGUCCAAUAUGCAAGAAAAGUUUCUCUCGACCACACCAUAAGGAAGACCAUAUGAGAACUCACACCCGUGAGAAUCGGAAGAAUACGAGACCACAUUUGAGAAACCACAUGGCAACUCACGGCAAAAGUAAACCACUCUUCAACUGUAACGUCUGCGGUAAAGGUUUCCUGUGUUGUUGUUCAUUGAAAUCGCGCAAGAAUCAUGAAAGAAGCUGA